UUCUAACAUUUAUCCAACAAUAUUUGAUUGAAUGCCAUUGCAGUGUUUGCACUGCUUCUGCUGUUGUUUCAGUACUUCAUUUGACUCCGUUUUUUCAGGGUAACGUAAAUGUAGUGAUAGUACAUUCGAGCUCUAAGUUCACAUAUUCAUAUGCAUUAAAUACUUGGCCUCGGGGCCCCACUCUGAGGAGUUCAGGAUUUGGACUCUAAGUGACGCUGUUGGUUAGCAAAACGAUGUUAGUGUUCACAGCGAGCCUUCCCCUUCCCUUUCCUCUGUAUCGUCGUUGGGCAUGACAGUGGAAUUAUAGUCCUUCGUGAAAGGACAGGGCGUGAAGAGCCAAUCUUUUUACAAAUUCGUGUUUGGAAUAUACGAAGACCGCGUUGUUAUCUCAAAGCACCAUACAUUUUAAAGUGGACUACAAUCUCGUGUUUAUUUUCCUUAAGUGAGGAGACUUCAUUAGUAGGUUUUAUUUUUGCUGAUAUGGAAACCCGAGGCCACCUCUACUCUAGAAAUGUAAGAUGGCGAUUAUCUUGUAUAUUACAAUGGAAACUGGGAUUUCUCAUCUUGCUUACUUCUGUGGGCGAUAGAGUGACUGGCCAGAUUCGUUAUUCUAUCCCAGAGGAGAUGAAAAAAGGUUCCGUUAUUGGCAGUGUAGCACAAGACCUCGGUCUGGAUCUGCAAAGGCUCCGUGCUGGCCGUGCCCGCAUCGUCAGUGGAGAAAACAUCCAGUACACCGAGCUGAAGACAGACAAAGGGAUUCUUGUCGUGAAUGAGAGAAUAGACCGAGAGCAGCUUUGUGGAGAUGUGACACCGUGCAGCCUCAGCUUUGAAAUGAUUUUAGAAAAUCCGAUCGAACUUCAUCGUGUCACUGUCGAAAUUUUAGAUAUAAAUGAUAAUGCUCCUUUCUUUCCAAAUACAGACAUUCAGUUUGAAAUGAGCGAAUCUGCUAUGGUUGGAGCAAAAUUUCCUGUCGAAAGCGCAGUUGAUCCUGACGUUGGAGUAAAUGCAUUACAAAAUUACAUUCUUUCUCUCAAUAAUUAUUUCAUUCUGAAACAACAUGCAAAUCCAGACGGCAGUAAAUACGCAGAAUUGGUGCUUCAGAAGCCAUUAGACAGAGAGGAGCACCCCACUCUCCCUCUAAAAGUAAUAGCUGUAGACGGUGGAAAUCCACAAAGAUCAGGUACUGUGAAUAUAAAAGUAUCUGUCUUAGAUGCAAACGAUAAUGCCCCCGUUUUCAACCAGUCAGUUUACAGGGCCGUCGUUGUGGAAAAUGCGCCAAAGGGAACUUAUAUUACAACAGUUAACGCUACUGAUGCAGAUAGUGGCUCUUAUGGUGAAAUAAUUUUCAAUUUUUCGAAAAUAAAAGGCAGUACGGUUGAUAUGUUUAGCAUCGAUGAAAACACAGGUGUCAUUUCAGUUGCCGGACUCAUUGACUUUGAAAAAGAGAAGAAAUAUGAGCUGAGGUUAGAGGCAAGGGAUCGAGGCGGUUUGACUGGGACCAGUAAAGUUAUAAUUGAUGUUAUUGACGUUAACGACAAUGUUCCGGUUAUUAAUAUCAUGUCAUUUUCUAAUACUAUAUCAGAAGAUGCCCCUCUGGGCACGACAAUAGCUGUUAUCAAUGUCAAAGACGCUGACUCAGAGAAAAAUGGACAAAUAAAAUGUGCUAUAGACAAAACACUUCCGUUAAAAAUCCAGUCGUCUCUAACUAACUACUACAAUUUAGUGGCGGACCAGCAUUUUGACAGAGAGACUACUUCUGAAUUCGAUAUCACAAUAAUAGCCACUGAUUCAGGUUCUCCACCUCUCUCUAGCUCUGUCACAUUACAACUUAGAAUCUCUGACGUAAACGAUAACGGCCCAUUGUUUGACAAAACUUCAUAUUCUGCUUAUGUCAAAGAGAAUAAUUCUCCUGGAAUGUCUAUCACCACUGUCAGCGCGCGGGACUCUGACUGGAAUCAAAACGCGAGAAUCUCCUAUUUCCUGGAGGACACACAGGUCAGUGGCAACCCAGUUUCUUCUUAUGUGUCCAUAAACUCUGAAACUGGACUUAUACAUGCAGUUCGCUCAUUUGAUUAUGAACAGAUCAAGCAGCUUGUAUUUACAGUCAAAGCCCAGGAUGGAGGCUCACCACCUCUAAGCAGCAAUACGACUAUUAAAUUAAAUAUUCAGGAUCAGAACGACAACCCUCCUCAGGUUCUAUAUCCAGUCCAGACUGGUGGCUCUCUGGUGGCUGAAAUGGUGCCUCGUUCAGCAGAUGUGGGCUAUCUGGUGACUAAAGUGGUGGCUGUUGAUGUGGACUCUGGACAGAAUGCCUGGCUCUCCUAUAAACUACAGAAAGCCACAGACAGGGCGCUGUUUGAAGUGGGCUUACAGAAUGGAGAAAUAAGAACUAUCCGCCAAGUGACUGAUAAAGAUGCAGUGAAACAAAGACUGACUGUUAUAGUGGAGGACAACGGGCAGCCCUCUCGUUCAGCUACAGUCAUUGUUAACGUGGCGGUGGCGGACAGCUUCCCUGAAGUGCUGUCGGAGUUCACUGACUUUACCCAGGACAAGGAGUACAAUGACAACCUGACUUUUUACUUAGUGUUGGCUCUGGCUGUAGUUUCCUUCCUCUUCAUCACGUGUUUAGUGGUUAUUAUAUCAGUGAAAAUCUACAGAUGGAGACAGUCUCGCAUCCUGUAUCACUCCAAUCUCCCUGUUAUUCCAUAUUAUCCACCACGUUACUCAGACACUUUGGGGACAGGGACUCUCCAACACGUGUACAAUUACGAGGUGUGCAGGACGACUGACUCCAGGAAGAGUGACAUGAAAUAUAUGCAACCGAUGAGUCAAAGUUUAGUGAGUGUGGAUGGAGCUGGACUGAUACACCCCAGGUGGAAAAACAGUUUAUUGAGAGCAAAGAGUGCGGCUGUCAACAUCGCUUUAGUAUCGCUGUCCAUGGUGCUGGACCAGUCGAUGGAUUCACUUUGA